UAUUUCAACUCGGCACCACUCCCCACCAACUAGUAAAGCUUUCUGUAUUUAUUAGAGCUUAUUGUUAUUAUUAUAUUAUUAUAAUAAAAAACGUAUAAUACAUAUUUCCAGGAUUCAAUCCCCUGCAGUUUCUUGCAGAAAAUGCAGUACAUGCAUUUAAAAGGAAAAAGAUCUAUAUAAAUUAUCUGUUUAUUUUACGCGUAGUGGAAUAGCUAGAUAAACCCAUUCUUCUGCUCAGCCUGUAUCCAGUAUUCCAGUUGUCUGAACCUGAUUUUGUCUGUUUCUUCAGAUUGCAUGCCCAAUUUUUAAUUGUUUUUUGGUUUCAAGAUUGGGUUUUUCUGGAGUCCCAUUGAAUUGGCUGAGCCGGGUUCUGAUUCUUGAGGCGGAAUACUCUGUUUAGAGUGUGGGAGGGAGGGAGAUAUGGCAGGUGGGGGUGGAGGUGAUGCCUCAAGGAAGAUUGAUCAGACACCUACGUGGGCUGUGGCUGUUGUCUGUACAGUUAUAAUCGUUGUCUCUAUUGCGCUGGAGAAGAUUCUCCACAAGCUUGGAACGUUGCUCACAGACAGGCACAAGAAAGCUUUGUAUGAGGCUUUGGAGAAGGUCAAAGCUGAGUUGAUGAUUCUGGGAUUUAUCUCGUUGAUCCUUGUAUUUAGUCAGUACUACAUCGCUGGAAUAUGUAUUCCGAUGCAUAUUGCUGACUCAAUGCUUCCCUGCAAAAAAAGUUCUGAUUCUGCUGAAGAAGAGGAACACCAUCGGAGGCUCUUAUCGUUUGAACGCCGAAUUUUAGCAGCUGGUAAAGAACUUAAAUGCAAGGAGGGACAUGUGCCUCUCACAUCUGUUGAUGCGCUGCAUCAAAUACACAUCCUUGUUUUCUUUUUGGCAGUCCUUCAUGUAAUUUAUAGCGCUAUUACCAUGUUGCUUGGAAGAUUAAAGAUUCGUGGAUGGAAACAAUGGGAGGAAGAAACUUCAACUCAUCAUUAUGAAUUCUCAAAUGAUCCUUCAAGAUUCAGACUAACUCACGAAACAUCUUUUGUAAGAGCUCAUACGAGUUUCUGGACCAGGAUUCCGAUCUUCUUUUAUAUUGGAUGCUUUUUCAGGCAAUUCUUUAGAUCUGUAAACAAGUCUGACUAUAUGACCCUGCGCAAUGGCUUUAUCAGUGUCCAUUUAGCUCCCGGGAGUAAAUUUAACUUCCAAAAGUACAUCAAGAGGUCGUUAGAGGAUGACUUCAAGGUAGUUGUGGGAGUCAGUCCCGUGCUUUGGGGGUCCUUUGUGGUUUUCUUGCUCCUAAAUGUUAACGGUUGGCAGGCGCUAUUUUGGGCAUCCAUCAUUCCUUUAAUUCUAAUUUUAGCUGUCGGGACAAAGCUUCAAGCUAUUUUGACCCAGAUGGCUCUUGAAAUCUCGGAAAGGCAUGCUGUAGUUCAAGGAAUCCCUCUCGUACAAGGCUCAGACAAAUACUUUUGGUUUGGUCGGCCUUCAUUGGUUCUUCACCUCAUCCAUUUCGCCUUAUUUCAGAAUGCAUUCCAAAUAACGUACUUCUUGUGGAUAUGGUAUGAAUUUGGAGUGGAAAAUUGCUUCCAUGAAGAUAUCGGGCUGGUCAGUGUGAAAAUUGGCUUAGGGGUUGGAGUGUUGUUCUUAUGCAGCUAUAGCACGCUACCCCUAUAUGCCCUUGUAGCUCAGAUGGGAUCACGCAUGAAGAGAUCCAUCUUCGACGAGCAAACGAACAAGGCGUUGAAGAAGUGGCACAUGGCGGUGAAGAAGAAGCAAGCCAAGGGAGAAAAAUCUCCAACCCGGACCCUCGGUGGAAGCACAUCGUCCAAAAUGGGGUCCCCUCUUCGAACAUCUAACCCCUCGCUUCACCGCUUUAGAUCCCUUGGUCUCCCAACCCGCGCUUACCCCUUGGAAGACGGUGAAUCUGACCCUGAAAAUGAUCCAUCAACGCCUAUGACAGCAUCGAAUAAUAAUGCAGUUAUACAAGUUGACCACGAGGGUGAAGAAGUGGAGCUCCAUGCACUUCACAAUGGAGUGGAGACGAUGAAGAACGAAGACAACUUCUCGUUCUCGAAGCCCGAUCCUCAGAGGUGAAACAGCUAGAACACAUUGCUCUGCAUGGUUUUUGAGGGAAAUGUCAUAUAUAGUUGCAAAGAUGAUAUGAUAGGAAGAUGUAUGUGAGGUUUAUGUAUAAUCUCCACUUUAUUUAUAUCAUAGGAAUUGAAGAUAUCUUUUUUGA